AUGGCGCGGCCGGUCCGCGGAGCGCUCGGGGCCCCGCGCCUCUCGCCUUGUCUUCUCUUCUGGCUGCUGCUGCUGCUUCAGCUGGAGACCGCAUCGGCCACAGCGGGCUCGCGGGCGCCCUGCGCCGCCCCCUGCACUUGCGCUGGGGACUCUCUGGACUGCGGCGGGCGCGGGUUGGUGGCGCUGCCUGGGGACCUGCCCGCCUGGACGCGGAGUCUAAACCUGAGUUACAACAAACUUUCUGAGAUUGAUCCUGCUGGUUUUGAGGACUUGCCGAAUCUACAAGAAGUGUACCUCAAUAACAAUGAGUUGACAGCCAUACCAUCCCUGGGCACUGCCUCGUCUCAUAUCAUCUCUCUCUUUCUGCAACACAACAGGAUUCGCAGCGUGGAGGGGAGUCAGCUGAAGGCUUACCUUUCCUUGCAAGUGUUGGAUCUCAGCGUCAACAACAUCACAGAGAUCCGGAGCACCUGCUUCCCACACGGACUGCCCCUCAAGGAGCUCAACCUGGCAAGCAACCGGAUCAGCACCCUGGAAUCCGGAGCAUUUGAUGGUCUGUCACGGUCACUGCUAACGCUUCGGUUGAGCAAAAACAGGAUCACCCAGCUUCCUGUGAAAGCAUUCAAGUUACCCCGGCUGACACAACUGGACCUCAAUCGGAAUCGGAUUCGGCUGAUCGAGGGCCUGACAUUCCAGGGGCUCGACAGUUUGGAGGUGCUGAGGCUCCAGCGAAACAACAUCAGCAAGCUGACGGACGGUGCCUUCUGGGGGCUGGCCAGGAUGCACGCGCUGCACCUGGAGUACAACAGCCUGGCGGAGGUGAACAGCGGCUCGCUGUACGGCCUCACGGCCCUGCACCAGCUGCACCUCGGCAACAACUCCAUCUCCCGGAUCCACCGAGACGGCUGGAGCUUCUGCCAGAAGCUGCACGAGCUGAUUCUGUCCUUCAAUAACCUGACCCGGCUGGACGAGGAGAGCCUGGCCGACCUGAGUAGCCUGAGCAUCCUGCGCCUCAGCCACAACUCCAUCAGUCACAUCGCGGAAGGCGCCUUCCGGGGACUCAAGAGCCUGCGUGUCUUGGAUCUGGACCACAAUGAGAUUUCGGGCACAAUCGAGGACACCAGUGGUGCUUUCACAGGGCUGGACAGCCUCAGCAAGCUGACGCUGUUCGGCAACAAGAUCAAGUCCGUGGCCAAGAAAGCGUUCUCGGGGCUGGAAGGCUUGGAGCAGCUUAACCUUGGAGAGAAUGCAAUCAGAUCUGUCCAGUUUGAUGCCUUUGUGAAGAUGAAGAAUCUUAAAGAGCUCCACAUCAGCAGCGACAGCUUCCUGUGUGACUGCCAGCUCAAGUGGCUGCCGCCCUGGCUGCUGGGCAGGACGCUGCAGGGCUUCGUGACGGCCACCUGUGCCCACCCAGAGGCGCUGAAGGGCCGGAGCAUCUUCUCCGUGCCGCCGGAGAGUUUCGUGUGUGAUGACUUGCCAAAGCCCCAGAUCAUCACCCAGCCAGAGACCAUCACAGCCGUGAUGGGCAAGGACGUCCGCUUCACCUGUUCGGCCGCCAGCAGCAGCAGCUCCCCGAUGACAUUCGCCUGGAAGAAGGACAACGAGGCACUGGCCAACGCCGACAUGGAGAACUUCGCCCACGUGCGCGCCCAGGACGGGGAGGUGAUGGAGUAUACCACCGUCCUGCACCUGCGCCGCGUCACCUUCGCGCAUGAGGGCCGCUACCAGUGCGUCAUCACCAACCACUUCGGCUCCUCCUACUCACACAAGGCCAAGCUCACCGUGCACGUGUUCCCUUCGUUCACCAAAAUGCCCCACGACAUCGCCAUCCGGACCGGCACCACGGCCCGCCUUGAAUGUGCUGCCACCGGCCACCCCAACCCCCAGAUCGCCUGGCAGAAGGACGGGGGCACAGACUUCCCCGCCGCUCGGGAGCGCCGCAUGCACGUCAUGCCCGACGACGACGUGUUUUUCAUCACGGAUGUGAAGAUAGACGACAUGGGGGUUUACAGCUGCACCGCCCAGAACUCGGCUGGCUCCGUUUCAGCCAACGCCACCCUGACUGUCCUAGAGACCCCGUCCCUGGCGGUGCCACUGGAGGACCGUGUGGUGUCCGUGGGAGAAACGGUGGCCCUGCAGUGCAAGGCGAGCGGCAGCCCUCCGCCCCGCAUCACCUGGCUCAAGGGGGACCGGCCCCUCAGCCUCACCGAACGCCACCACUUCACCCCCGGCAACCAGCUGCUGGUCGUUCAGAACGUGGUGGUGGAAGAUGCGGGCCGCUACACCUGCGAGAUGUCCAACGCCCUGGGCACCGAGCGCGCGCACAGCCAGCUGAGCGUCCUGCCCACCCCGGGCUGCCGGAAGGACGGCACCACCGUGGGCAUCUUCACCAUCGCCGUGGUGUGCAGCAUCGUGCUCACCUCCCUGGUCUGGGUGUGCAUCAUCUACCAGACCAGGAAGAAGAGUGAGGAGUACAGUGUCACGAACACAGAUGAAACCAUCGUGCCCCCAGACGUCCCGAGCUACCUCUCUUCUCAGGGGACGCUCUCGGACCGACAGGAGACUGCAGUCAGGACGGAAGGUGGCCACCAGGCCAACGGGCAUCUGGAGAGCAACGGUGUUUGUCCAAGAGACGCAGGCCUCUUUCCCGAGGUGGAAGCUCACGGUGUUAUGUGCAGGCAGCCCAAGUUCUGCGUCGGGUUCACCAAGGAGCCCUGGAAAGUGGUGGAGAAGGCUGAUGGCCCACCUGGUCCCCAGAAGACAAUGGAGCGCGGCGGCCCAAUGGCGUGCGGUGACUGCAGCGCUGACUCGCACGGUUACUCCAAGGAGCCAGCCGGCCACCUUCAGCCCGGGGACAGCAGCCAGCCGGGAACCCCGAGCAGCCAGGAGCCCAGCCCAAGUGAGCACCCACACUCUCCACUGCAUCCGAGCAGGGGGCCCCUCUACCCCAGUAACCACGACAGAAUGCGGGCCGCCUUGAAGAAGCCCGUGGUGCCUCUCGAUGGGAAAGGGGCAUCCUCUUGGACUCUAGCGCGGCUGUGUGAGCCGGACUCCUUAGACCUCCAGCCUUCAUCUGUGUUAACUCCAGGCAAGCCUGAGCUCAUGGACGCCGCCUCGGGCUCCCCUGACGUGCCCGGUGAAGGCCAGCACUUGCUUCUUUCCAACGGACACCUCCCCCAAGCCUGUGACUCUGGUUCCGAGUCCACGCCCCUGACAGGGCAGCCGCCCGGGAGACGGAACACACCACUGCUGUUUGCACCGAAAAGCUAGGCUUUGUCUACCUCGGCCCUCAUGGCGUCUGCAGGAAAGAGAGGUGGGUGAGGCCGCGAGGGAGCCUGGCUUCGGGCAUCACUGAUUUGUACAUAGUUCUCACCUCCACGUAGAGCGGCAAGAGUCUGAAAGGACUUGCAGUAGAAGCACAGAAAUGCAAGAGGCUAGUAGCGUGUAUAAAAGGUAGAGAAGUAUUUGGUACCCUUGUACAUAAGAGUUCUCAGAGAUGCCAUAUAUAUUAUAUAUAUCUUUUACAGAGGCUAUUUUAAUCUUUAGUGCAUGGUUAACAGAAACAAAAAUCCUACAACGUUGACAUUAUUAUUUUUCAUACCUGGUUGCUGUUUAAUUUUGGAGGGGGGGGAUAGUUCUGGUGCCUUAAUGCAUGGAUGGAGUUCCUUGAAGCUACAAACCACAUUUGUUCACAGGAGGGUUUGGUAGGUGGAUGGAAAGGAGGCGCUCUGGCAUCCCUGGGAUGCUUUACCACCAGAGGCUGUGUCUGCAGUGGAAGCAACUUCCUGUGACGGUUGCUUGUGUGGACAGCGUUGCGGGGACCUCCCUGUAGAGCCCGGAGGGGCAGACGUUACAUUCCUUCAUGGUGAAGGCGUUCUUGUAGGUUUAAGUUCUUUCUCUAACAGGUGGAAUAUUAAUCCAUCACAAGCAAUCGGUUCCAACAAUUAGGAUGCCUUUCUUCCUUCUGUGAGAAAGGCAAAUGUGGUCUUGUCAGUAUCAUUCAAUGGUCAUUUGAGGCUUUUUAAUAAGAUAGAGGCUGCUGGUGUUGGUACCUGUGGAUUUUUCAAUAGUGAUAUUGUAGUUCUGCCGAUAUAAUUAAUAUUACGUUGGCCUUAGGGGAAAAAAAAAUCCGAGUCCUCACUUUUCAGGGCUCAUGUCUCUACUGAGGAUCCAGAGCAGGCCUGGCCAUGUCCUUCCCUCACCCAGAUGGCCCCGGGCUUGGACUCUCAGAGAUCAGCCCUCCUCCUGGGUAUUUUUGCACUUUUUUUUGAGACCUGUUGCUAACCAUCUUGUGAGUGCCAAUGUGUAUUUCAGGAAAAAUUACAUUGAAACAAGGUCCUUAAAAAUCUCAGAAAGCCAAGUUCCUUUAGCCAAAAAGCUGAAGGGGACAUAUUGAUGGAAUGGUUACUUACCUAUGUUAAUCACUGUCAGCUGUCACCACUGUCCCAAAAGGUAAGCACAUCUAGAAUUCUGUUCUCAACAGUUAACUGAUUGUUACUUCCACAAAAUAUGUGAAUUUGCUGCUUCUGAGAGGCAAUGUGAAAGAGGAAGUAUUACUUUUAUGUACAAAGUUAUUUAUUUAUAGAAAUUUUGGUACAAUGUACAUUGAAAAACAUGUAAAAUAUUGAAGUGUCUAACAAAUGGCAUUGAAGUGUCUUUAAUAAAGGUUCAUUUAUAACA